AUGUCGAUCAGCAACAAAGAGCUGGAAGCCAAGCUGCGCGCGCUGCAGGCCAAAACGCUGGUGGAGGAGAAGGACUGGGUGGAGCAGGGUCGCAAGCUCUUCGAGCUCGAGGAGAAGUUUCUGCGCGAUACGCUACUGGAGGGUAACAUCCUCACGGGCUGGGGUGAGCCGCGUACUGCGCCCGUGAGAUUCCGCAACGCUGGUGUGCGGAAGCGCAAGCGUGAGCGACAGGAGGCAGCGGCUGAACGCGCCGGGAAGCCGCUUGGGGCUUUAACAUCCACACUGACGGUUGACGAGCAACUCAAGGUGGAUCGCCACCGUUUGGCGUCCUACUCGUCCGUCUAUUCGCCAGCGGAGGAGCUAUACGGGACAAUGGAGGAACGUGAACGGAGAUUGUUGGAGAGCAGGAGCAAGAAGAAGAAGCUGCAGCCAGUAGCAGCCCCUGUAGCCAAGUAA